GCUUCAACCCUGCAGCUGCUGUGUCUCUUCGUCGUCUGGGAAGAAAACUUUCACAUCGAGAGUUGCUGAUUCGGAUUUUCUUUCUUUCCCCUCUCCGCGGUGAUGAGCACUUGGCUCCUGACAGAAGCGAUUUGGCUCUCAGCUUUGUAGUUCGGAAGAAGUUGGGUUUAUAGAUUUUCCCCUAACUCUCCAUUGAUGCGUUGAGCUUCAGAGGGAAUAAUACCUCCACGUAAAGCAUGUUGCCUUCUCAAGGAGUCCUCCUGCAUCCCUAUGGAGUGCCUAUGAUUGUUCCAGCAGCCCCCUACUUCCCCGGACUGAUCCAGGGUAAUCAGGAAGCAGCAGCUGCCCCUGACACAAUGGCUCAGCCUUAUGCUUCGGCUCAGUUCGCUCCCCCUCAGAACGGCAUCCCCGCGGAAUACACAGCCCCUCACCCCCACCCGGCGCCAGAGUACACCGGCCAGAGCACUGUCCCCGAGCACACGUUAAACCUGUACCCUCCCGCCCAGUCUCACUCGGAGCAGAGCGCAGCGGACACCAGUGCGCAGACCGUCUCCGGCACCGCCACACAGACAGAUGAUGCAGCACCCACGGAUGGCCAGCCCCAGACACAACCUUCUGAAAACACAGAAAACAAGUCCCAGCCCAAGCGGCUGCAUGUCUCCAACAUCCCCUUCCGGUUCCGAGAUCCGGACCUCCGACAAAUGUUUGGACAAUUUGGUAAAAUCUUAGAUGUUGAAAUUAUUUUUAAUGAGCGAGGCUCAAAGGGAUUUGGUUUCGUAACUUUCGAAAAUAGUGCCGAUGCGGACAGGGCGAGGGAGAAAUUACACGGCACCGUGGUAGAGGGCCGUAAAAUCGAGGUAAAUAAUGCCACAGCACGUGUAAUGACAAAUAAAAAGACUGUCAACCCUUACACAAAUGGCUGGAAAUUGAAUCCAGUUGUGGGUGCAGUCUACAGUCCCGAAUUCUAUGCAGGCACGGUGCUGUUGUGCCAGGCAAACCAGGAGGGAUCUUCCAUGUACAGUGCCCCCAGUUCACUUGUAUAUACUUCUGCAAUGCCCGGCUUUCCGUAUCCAGCUGCCACUGCGGCGGCCGCCUACCGAGGGGCACACCUGCGAGGCCGUGGCCGCACCGUGUACAACACCUUCCGGGCCGCGGCGCCCCCACCCCCGAUCCCUGCCUACGGCGGAGUAGUGUAUCAAGAGCCUGUGUAUGGCAAUAAAUUGCUGCAGGGUGGCUAUGCUGCAUACCGCUACGCCCAGCCUACCCCUGCCACUGCAGCUGCCUACAGUGACAGUUACGGACGAGUUUAUGCUGCCGACCCCUACCACCACACACUUGCUCCAGCCCCCACCUACGGCGUUGGUGCCAUGAAUGCUUUUGCACCCUUGACUGAUGCCAAGACUAGGAGCCAUGCUGAUGAUGUGGGUCUCGUUCUUUCUUCAUUGCAGGCUAGUAUAUACCGAGGGGGAUACAACCGUUUUGCUCCAUACUAAAUGACAAAACCAUAAAAACCUUCCAAUGUGGGGAGAAAGGAAGCUUUCCGAGGCCUGGGUAUUGCAAUACAUGCAGUAGUGCAUCAUUUUAGCAACUCUAAAAACUAAAAAGAGGAAAAAAAUUACAUUUUUUAUCUUAUACCUCAGAUAUUUUGUUCUGUGUAUUUUAAUAUUGUGGGUCUUUAAUUUCUGAAGGUUCCGUAGUUUGGUUGCUGGCUGUAGGAGUUUUUUUUUGUGGUUGAUCUAGAGAGAUGCUAGCUAUGAAUAAAAACUGGUUUAGGGCCAUAUCCAGAGUGCUUUAUCAUGUAAAUGAAUUAUAUAUGCUGAAUAUUAAGCUACUGGGGUUAUCAGCUGUUCGGGAAGAGUGUAAGUGACUACAGAAGUCAUUUUUUCUGCAUCUGCAUUAUUUUAUUUUAUGAAA